AUGGCUUCCAUCGCCAGCCUUUCGGAAGCUGACAUUGAUCGGCUUCUGUCAGAGGCCGAAGCUCGAAUUGCAGCUAACAAUACCUACAAAGCUGUAGCCGUCGCGGCACCAACAAGCAGCAAGGCCAUCGCCAUCACCACAACCUCCGCGAUGUCUCAGAACCAAGAGAAGAAGGACUCCUCAAAGCCUGAGAAGCUCUCUGUUCGCGUCCCAUCGCUUCCUCAGGACAAGAAGAAGAAGGAAGAGAAGGACAAUGCGGGAGAUGGCUGGUUCAACAUGCCCCGCACCGAGUUGACCACAGAACUCAAGCGCGACCUUCAAGCAUUGCGCAUGCGUGAUGUUAUCGCGAAUGGCAAGCAGUUUUUCAAGAAGGACAACCGAAAGGAUUUUGUUCCUACCUACAGCCAGGUUGGCACCAUCAUUGCUGGCGCGACGGACGGUAGCAACCAACGCUUGACCCGCAAGGAGAGGAAGCGCACGAUUGUGGAGGAGGUCUUGUCCAGCUCCAACACGGCCAAGUACAAGAGCAAGUUCCACGAGAUCCAGGAGAAGAAGAUGUCGGGCAAGAAGGGUUUCUACAAGAAGCUGGUUGCUGGCCGCAAGAAGCGUUGA